AUGUCCCACCUCCAAUAUUACGUAUACCCUGGCUAUGGCGAAGCCAGCCAAAAGAACCUUCGUUACAGCCAAGCCGUCCGAAUCGGUGAUCGUAUUGAGACUUCCGGACAAGGUGGAUGGGAUCCAGAAACCUCGAAGAUUCCCACCGAGAUCAACGCUCAGAUCGACCAAGCCUUUGCCAAUGUGCAUCUGGCCCUAACACAGGCCGGCGGUAAGGGUUGGAGUCAGGUAUUUCGGGUCAACUCCUACCAUCUCCCUCUGAAUGAUGAGGCAAUGCACGCAAUGGUUCGCAGUUUCAGAAAGUAUAUGCCAGAUCAUGAGCCGCUUUGGACCUGCAUUGGUGUUGCGCGGCUGGGGUAUGAUGAUAUGCGGGUGGAGAUCGAGGUUGUUGCGCAUGACCAGUACUACAAAGCACAAUAA